UGUUUGGUUGUUCAUCCCGCUGUUGCCUUCUAGUUUGUGCUUGAGUGAUCAAGUGUUUUGUGAAGGGCUUGUCAUGAGCCAUUUUGUGACUCUUCAUGUUUUCGAUGUCAGACUGCAGCCAACGGAAAUGGAGACCCUGGAUCUGCUGAGGAACUGUUUGGUGUGCAAGUGGGACCUGAGGAGGAGAGACCCCAGGAUGCUACCUUGCCUUCAUUCCUUCUGUAAGGACUGUCUUCCGGAUUUGAUUCAGGGAUACAGCUAUAUUCCCACUCAGUAUGAAGUUCUGUAUGAAGGUAUCCUUUCCUGUCCUGUGUGCAAACAGACCUGCUUUGCAAGGGAUGUAGUUGAGAAUUUCUUCCUCAAGGACUUUUCGACUGGUGAUUCAGCCAUGGCAAAGAGCUGCUCCAUGUGUAAAGAGAAGAGACCUGCUCACAGUCUCUGUACCAGAUGCAAUAAGUGGCUGUGCAGCUCAUGUACAGAGGAGCACAGACAUGGCAAGGAAACUGGAGACCGCUUCCUGUCUGUAUCCCUGAAAGGCUGCACAGCAACUGAAGAUGAAGCAAGCGAGUUUUCCUUAUUUUGUCCAGUGCACACUCAAGAGCCACUCAGGCUGUUUUGUGAGACCUGCGACACCCUGACCUGCCGCAGCUGCCUUCUGGCAGAGCAUAAGGAACACAGGUUCAGACAUCUUGAGGAAGCUCUGCAAAACCAGAGAGUUAUUCUGGAAAAUGUUGUAACCAAAGUGGAAGAGAAAAAAAGUGGGAUUCAGGUUUCAGCUAAACAGAUUGAAGACAGGUUGCUUGAAGUAAAACAUUUGUACAAAAAAGUAGAAAACCAAAUAAAAAUGGCCAAGGUGGUUCUGAUGAAUGAAAUCGAUAAACGAACAAACAUCCUUCUUGAACAACUUGAAAAGAUCACCAGUGAAAGGAAGCAGAAAUUGGAGCAACAACUGCAAGGCGUUGUGGUUUUAGGCAGACAGGUAGAACAUGUUCAGAACUUCAUCAGCUGGGCCGUGUGCAGUAAAAGCAGCAUCCCAUUUCUCUUCAGUAAAGAACUGAUUGUAUUUCAGAUCCAGCGUUUAUUAGAGACAAACUGUAACACAGACAUAGGCCCUCCUCUGAAGAUCAGAUUCACCUGGGAUCCCUCCUAUUGGACUAAACAACUAUCCAAUAUGGGAGGUUUCACAAUGGAAGGUGGACACAUUUCUCACUCAGAUAUGCUACUCUGUGGAAAUGUUCAAGGGUUACAAACCUCUUUGUAUCAUGGGCACCAUUCAUCAGCACCACAGCUGGAGCCCGUGAAUAGCCAGGCACAUCCAUUUCCACCCGCAGUUCAGUGUUCUGCACCUGUGUGUUGCUCACACUGCCUCAGCAUUCCACACCCAGACAAAGCUCAGCCUUCUUACCAGGACAUAAACCACCAUAAAAAUUUUCGACAACCUCCCGAAAUGCAUCAGCAGCACUUCCCUCUGCAGUACAGCCUGCAGCAGCAACAUGACAAAGAGCAAAGGGGUGCCCCCCAGCCCGUGAAGCUGACGCAGUCAGGGCUGGAACAGCAGUCGCGGUCCGAGCCGGAGAAUGCAUCUGGGAGGAUGGGGAAGCACUUACCACCCCAGCAGCUGCAGCAAACUGCACCCCUGGGUUAUGCUGUUGUGUCCCAUGAGGCUCAGCAAGUUCACCCGAGCCACCCACAGCCGUUCCGCACACAGGCUUCCCUGCAGGCAUCGGCUGGGCAAGCGCAACUCGGUCACCUCCAGAAGAUAAAAUCCAACCACUCGCUGCAGCCGCCCCCACAGCAGCAGCAGCUGCCUCUGCCAUCACCACCAUCAGGUCAGAGUGAGAGCACCCACAAGCAAGUCAUCCAACAGAGCCUGGACAUCAUGCACCACCAGUUUGAACUGGAAGAGAUGAAAAAGGAUCUGGAACUUCUUCUUCAGGCCCAGGGACAGUCCAGCUUGCAGCUGAACCAAGCCAAGCCACCUCAGCACGUUCAACAGACCAUAGUUGGUCAAAUCAACUACAUAGUAAGGCAGCCAGCCCCAGUGCAGCAACAAAGCCAGGAUGAAGCACAUGUCUCUGAGAGCUCCACAGAACCUGAUGCCCAGAAGCCUGCCAUUUCUCUUGACAAAAGUGAUAGUCCUUUCCUGUCACAGUCACUAGAUGAAGAAGCCAGUGUCAGCAGUCACUCCCCUGCAAGCACACUCCAGCAAUCAGCUUUCCAUCCAGUCAGAAAGCAUUCAGCAUCCUUAAGCAUCGUGGGCUUUUCAAACGGUUUGGAAAUGGAAUUACCUCCAACAAGGCUUUCUAGCUCGGCUGAUCCACAGGUGAAAGGUGCAGCUGCUGUAACACUUGGCCCGUCCCCAAAUGCCCUUUGUGACUGUGAUGCUCCACCAGAACCAGUGCCCAGCUACAGCCUGGCGUUGGGCAGGGCUCCAAGUGACCUGAGCCCUGGGAAUCCUGCUGGCUUCACACCAGGUGAUGCACUGCAGGGCAGCACCAAAUGCAAGCUGGAAAAUGAAGACUUCAAUACUGUAGACUGUCUUCUAGAAAACAGCUUGGCUACUGCUGGGCAAGAUGUAGUUAAUGAAUUAACUCUUUCUAUGCAAAAAGUGAUGGAAGAACCUAUUAAUCUUUCAAUCAAAAAAUCUCAACAUUGCACUUCUCCUUCUGAACUGCUCAGCGACAGUGUUUUCCUGCCUGUGAAUGCCAGAAUGAGACAACUUAGAAGCGAAGAAGAUUCCAAUGACUGUGAAAAGGAACAUUUUGAAAUGGAUAUGAAAAGCAAUCAGAAUGUCAGAGCUGGCCCGAAGGAGCAGAAGAUUCCCUUUGUGCGACUGGAACGGCUGAAAAUAUGCGCAUCAGAAGUGGGGGAGCUGCCGGUGUUUAAGCUCCAGCCACAGGACAAUGAGCAGGAGGGCAAUUUCCUCCUCGUAAUUGAAUGUGGGACACGGUCUUCAAGUAUGUCUAUAAAGAUAAAUAAAGAUAGUCCACCUGAAGGACUGCAGUCCAAAGAGGAAAACUCAGAGGACAGGAAAUUUCUCAUAUCCCAGGCUGCAGGACAGACACCAUCUCCCCCUGUAGAUGCUCUGUCUGUUGAUCAGAAGCUCAGCAAUGGCGUCUCCAGCAUGAAAAAAUCUCCAGUUACUCAGGAAGUCAGCCCAAUUGAAAAUGAGGAUUUCUGUGCUGUGUGUCUUAAUGGAGGAGAACUGUUGUGCUGUGAUCACUGCCCCAAGGUCUUCCAUCUCUCCUGCCAUGUUCCAGCCCUGCUCAGCUUUCCAGUAGGAGAGUGGGUGUGCACCCUUUGCCGUAAUCCAGUGAAGCCUGAGGUAGAAUAUGACUGUGAAAACACACGCUACAGCCACAGCUAUAAUGUACAAUAUGGCCUUGAUGACUGUGAUCAGAAGAAGUGUGAAAAGCUGGUGCUUUCCCUGUUCUGCAGUAAUAUGAGCCUCCCGUUCCAUGAACCUGUCAGUCCCCUGGCUCGGCAUUAUUAUCAGAUCAUCAAAAGGCCAAUGGAUUUGUCAACCAUACGAAAAAAGCUGCAGAAGAAGGACAAAUCCCACUAUGCUGCACCUGAGGAGCUUGUGACUGACGUGCGUCUCAUGUUUUGGAACUGUGCAAAGUUCAAUUAUCCAGAUUCAGAGGUUGCUGAGGCUGGACGAUGCCUGGAUGAAUUCUUUGAGGACAAACUGAAGGAGAUUUAUCCAGACAGGCAUUUUCCUUCAAUGCAACAAGAUGACUCUGAUUCUGAAGAAGUGGAGAGUCAGAACAGCAAAAUGCCGCCCCAGGAUUUUCAGUGGCCGUCGUACGGGCAGGAGUGCCUUCAGCCCAAAAGGAAACGGCGCCAUGCUGUAAGAUUGCAAAAGCAAAAGCAUUUGCUUGCUAAGUGGCCACCCUGCUAAUUCUGUUUACAGAUACUGAUGGGAAGUUUUGACAGGGCUGUGUGGGAAAACUGUCAAGAUUGUAUCACAGAUAUGUGAUCAGUGCUACAAUUUUGUGUCAAGAUCCUCUGAGUGGAAUAAAGUGUCAGCUGUGUAUAAGUGUGCGAUCGAGAACAAAUGAAGCCUCUCAGGCCACACAGUUAUCUUCCUAGCAGAAAACUGUCAAGACUUCUAAAAAGACCAAGCCCUUUAGCUAUUCACUAUCUGUUUCCUUUGUACACAGGAAAGUGAAAAAACUAAAAGAAUGAUGUUUCAGCCAGCUAACAGCCUUCCUCAGGUAUGACCUCCUCAAGAGAUGAGAUUUGCUAUGAGGAAUCCAGAAGCAUAACUGACAGAGUUAAGGUGUGUGGGAGGAAAGCAAAGCACUCGGGCUGUUUAUUUAAACUCUCCUAUUCUGCUGACCAUAUGCCUUAUUUCUAGAUCUUGUGGAUAGAUAACAGAUCCAAAAUGUUUGAAUCUGUCCAUAUUCAAUCUGUUAAAUCACAUAUAUGUUUUGCAGUGUUUACACUGAAGUACUAAUGUUUUGAUCAUAGUUAACGAUGAAUAAUAAUAAAAAUAACAUACUAAUAAUAUCUAAUACUGCAGUACCAUUUUAUAAUCUGUUCAAUGUGACAUCUCUGUUUUAUAGAGCACAGGUAACCAUGUAAUAAUCUUGCAACCUCAGUGUGAAUGUUGGCCAUGCUUCAUGGUAAAUACAUGUAGUCAUUAAGGCUGUAAUCCUGUUGUCUUAUUCAAUGAUUUUUCUGGGAGCUUGACUGCUCAAAGCUUAUGAGAUACAGUAUAAUGUGAUUAUCUGAUUAGCUGUUUCUUUUGAAGCAGAGCAUUUUUAUUAAAUCAUGAAAGAGCAAGUGCUAAUGCUAGGGCUCUGUGUGAACUGUUUCUGAGUGCAUACUGGAUGCUCUGUUUGCAAGGCAUGAUUCUUUUGGAAUCUAAUUCAUGCUUGGUAAAGCAGUGUGGGAUUUCUUGGGUCUCAAAGGUAGCAUUUUUAUACAACACAAGCCAGUUGUUUUUCUAUAAAGCAGAUAUUGGAAUUCGGUAAAUUAACUAUGCAGUGAAUUACAUGGUUAUAGAAGUGCCUAUAAAAUGAUGUCAUAUAUUUCUGAUUUUCUCUUUACUUAUUUCUUGUAGUUGUGAUUACCAGCAGUACUAUAGAAGAUGAUGAGAAUGUAUAUAUGUAGAAGCUCAAACAGAAUGAAAGGAUGUCUAAGCUGAGGAGGUUUUUUGCUAAAUUUCACAAUGUAUUGGCAGAACACCACCAGGAGCAAAUUUAGAGUUCACUUGAACAAAGGUUGCAUGAAAUUAUAUAAAGUCUUAAAGGUUGGAUAGGUAACAUGACAUCACACCUGAACAGGGUGAUAAGCCUGCAAGUUGCUUCCCAGCUCUUCCAGAAGCAGGUGAGCCACAUUUUUGCAUGGCCAAUGCUUUCUUCAUGUGUGUGAGGGGUAUCUUCCUCCUUGAAACUCUGCCUAAUCUGGGCUGAAGUCCAACUCUGAGAGAGGAAGUUGUUGCAGAUCUCAAAAGCAAUUAAAGUUCAUUUUAAUUAGGUUCCUGUAAAUAAAGAUGAUAUUUUCAGCAUAGUUUAUAUGGGCUAUUUGGUCUGCUAACCAUGUAUGUUAUUUUAGAUAACACUUUAAAGUAAAGGUUUAUAUAUGAAAUAAUAAGACAUGAAUGUUAUAUUCUACUCUGUGUGACUUACUGUUUGUUGUUAACGGUAGUGAGCCAAUGUUUUCUCUUCUUUGAAGAAAUGAAAAUCUGGAUAUUAUAAACUGACUGGAAAACUGUGAGAUGAAGAGACAGCCUUUUCAUUUUCUAUAUAUGAAUUCGUAUAUGUUUGCUUUCUGUCUCCUGUUCUCAAAACAGUAUCUUGGCACAGGGAAAUGAGUGCAGGUUUGUCACUGAAUUAAUCACCCUUAUCUGUGCUACAGGUGUCACUUUUUCUCAGUUCUCCACCAAAGACCUAUCUGUUUUUUACUGUUAAUAGUGCAAAAAUGAUAUGCUGUCUAGCUUUCAUCUAGGGGCAGUUCUAGAAAUGGGAGAGACUAUUGACAACUUCCUCUUUUCCUGGAAGAGCAGAGUCAAUGAGAGCCUCCUUCUAUUUCUUAAAGGCUGUUUGUUAACUGUACCAUUAGUUUUGGAGAACAUAUGUUUAUAAUAAAAUUCAUAGAGGAUAUAUUAUGCUUCUAUUAAAAAUAGAAAUUUGCCAGUUUGUAACCAUAUAUGAGAUAUCCUUUGUGUGUGUGCUGGCAGGACUCUAUGACCUAAGCACUCUUAAGGCUAACUUUGAUUCCAAUUGCUUCACUAAGACAUAGUAACUGUUAAAAAAAAGCAGCCUUGUAAACUUCAUGUCAUGUUGGUAAGCAGAAGGAAACCUGAACUCAUACGCAUGACUUUCAAAUACAGUUCUCUGGGUCACCAACUUCACAACACAGUGCAUGUCAUAACAAUGUUAUUCAUCUUGGAUGUUGCCUUAAAAUUGCUGGCUUGUGGUGUUCCCACUGCUGGACACCAUACCACCAGCACCCAUAAAUUCUUGGGGAGUUUAUCCUGUCAAAGUCCAGUUGCAGACUGGUAACAGCACUGGCCAUUAUGAAAGGAAGGGUGUCUCUUCUAAAAUCCAAAGCCCAUGUGGCCCAAAAGAGAAGUGAUAGAUUAUGUAGUUACCUUUUCUUCUAUCACACAUCCUGUUUCACAAUCCAGAAUGCGUAGGAAGAGAAGCAAGGAGGAACACCUGAAGUUUUCCCAUGGAAGUAAGUAUAGCAGAAACAAAUGCCAGCAACACCAUGGAAACACCAGCAAAUUCACUAGGUCCUGCAAAUGUAACCAAGGGCUAUGUGUUAUGAGUUACAUGUAGAAUGGGAAAAUCCAUUCUGUAUUUAAAUAGUUGGAAAAGAGAUUAAUUCAGUAAUAGGUCUGUUAAAUAAGAAAUUUGAAUUUCAUUCCCCUACAGACAGUUUCAAAGACAUACUUCAUCCAGUAUCGUGACAGAAUGGCAUUACAGUUAAUACAAACAGGUGUUUAACAAUACAGAUUAAUGAAUGACUGCAUGUUUAUAUGUGUAAUGUGCAUCACUGAACAAUAAAAUAUGUGAAAUGCA